GACAUGCACUACGGCCCGCGAAUAUCAAAACACGACGUCACGUGACACGUUAGAAGAUUGAACCGGGAAGACUCGGUGCGGCUUCAUGACGGAAACAUUACAAACUACAUGUUCGAAUAACAUAAACACUGGGAAGAUGCAUUGACACACCAAUCUGCUGAUGUGGUGAGGAUGAUGAGUGGAAAGUGGCAGGAGCGGGUGAAGGCGGUGGAGCAGAGGGCUCUAUUCUAUCACUCUGCCCCCAUCAGCUGCCCCUAUAAAGCACGUCUGUCCCAACCGUGGCAGCCGACCUCUGUAUGGAGACUGUUCCCUCGCCAGAGCCACGCCGUCGCCUUCAGCCAGCGCUGCAAACAGGACGUCCAUGUUUUUGCCUUGGAGAAAGCAAACACUGUGGCAGGACAGAGGGUUUACUUAGUCACCAGCUACAGUGAGCUCUGGCACUACUACAGUUCACACAGACAGUCUCUGAUGCACUGCUAUGAGGUGAUUCCAGAGGGCGCUGUCUGCAAGCUUUAUUUUGACCUGGAGUUCGAUGUGGCGUCUAAUACACACCUGGAUGGCACAAAGAUGGUGGCGGCACUGAUUCAGCACGUGUGUGUGAAGCUGGAGGAGGUGUACGGUGUGCAGUGCACUGCUAAAGACGUGCUGAAUCUGGACUCCAGCACAGCUGAGAAGUUCAGCAGACAUCUAAUUUUUCAGCUCCACAACUGUGCCUUCAAGGACAACAAGCACACUGGCAGUUUCAUUCAUCACAUACUCAAACCAGCACUGAAAUAUCUGCAUACAGGCCCAGAGAACUCUCCAGAAGUCGUCGAUGAUGUCAGCGAGAAGCCUCAGUCGAAGCGAAUGAAGCAUAAUGAGGAGGAUGAGGAAGACCUGAGCUUUUUGAUAGUGAAGGGAAAGGAUGGACAGAAGCAGCUGUUUGUGGAUCUCGGUGUGUACACUAAAAACCGAAACUUCCGCCUGUACAAGUCUUCCAAACUGGGGAAGAACGCCGCCUUCUCUGUUGCCGUGGAUAACGAGUUUGUCCCGAGGUCCAGCAGGCGCACUACGGAGGAGGAAUGCAUAUUCCUGGCCUCUUUGAUCACUAAUGUGAGCUUUACGUCUCAAAGGAUUCUGACGUACGAUGCUCCAGACGGGACUUCGAAACAAUCUCCAUGUUCAGCUCGACACAGAGAUCCUCACAGCUCGGGUGAGCUGGCAGGUGAACAUCAGACCUCACCAUACAAGGAGCUGGACGAGUUUGUCCUGAAGCUGCUGCACAGGGACGGAGUCCAAGGAAACAUCAGGCGCUGGACGUACUUCGUGUCGGAGCAGCUGCUGGUCUACGAUGUGGGGAAGUUCCGCUGGUGUUCUAACGUGGGUCGCUUCCACAAGAGCAACAACAUCAUGAUCAUCGUGGAUUUGAAAGAGGAAGUUUGGUACCAGAGGUGCCAUGAUCCUGAGUGCAGGAGACAGAACUACAGGUCCUCAAGUUCCCCCCUGCCACAGGAGGUGUGUAUGAGCUACAUGCUGAAGGAGGACGAAGACGAUCAGCAGUUCCUCAUGGACGAGCUGGGGAACAUCGAAUUGAGCUGCGUUUCAGAAAAAGGGCAGAAAACGGGCCGAUCCGAUCCACUUAACCAGACGGAGGAGGAGCAGGAAGGCUGGGAUGACGACGCUCCGUGCUUGGAGGCGCUGCAUGAGGUGGAGAAGACCAUGCAGGAAAAAGAGGAGGUUCCUGACGAGCUCAUGAUCCAGGCGUUGGCCGAAUGCGAGGCUACUCUCGUCUCCUGAAAACGGCUUCAUUUUAUUUUUUCUUGCAUGAUUUAUAUUAUUUUGCUAGAAGACUGUGAGAACGAGUUAAAAUAAUCCUCCCAGUUAUAAUUCACCGGGAUUAUGGCAAAUUUUUGAAGGAGUAUUUUACACACUGUAUCUAUAAUCAGGAGAUCCUGAUGGACAAGGUGAACGACGUCAUGUCGAGUCAGAAAGAGAACUGUUCAGAGCAGAUUGUCAUUUAUUUAUUUUUACUAAAGGAUGUAGUAUAUAAGAGCAGUUUGUGAUUUCCGUGUUUUUGUUUUCCAUUACAGCAAAUUUGUUCUGUGCAGAUUUAAUAAAUAAUCUGAUAAUAAA